CCGCCAUUGUCUAGCAAAUCAGGAUAUAUCAAAGCCAACCAAAUCUCCACUGAUUUAAUCAUUAACCGUUCAUUUUCAUUUCAGGGGAAGAAUCGAUCGUUCAUUUUUUAAACCUUUUCCUUUUUUUUUUGUUAAUUUCAUCUUUCCCCAAAAUGCUUACCUCAUUUUCGCUUCUCGUCGACACGGAAAUCGAGAAAACGUUAAAGAAAAAAACCAAAAAAAGCUUAAUAAAAUGAAGGAACUCUGCUCCCCAUUAAACGAAAACCCAAAAAAAAAAAAAAAAAGGGUUUCCACCUUCUCUCCUUUUUUUUUUUGUAAUGUUUAGUUUUUUCCCUCCGAUUCGCUUUAUGUUCUCGGAUUUUUCUUUCCUCCAAACACAAUAGUGAUUGUUUUCAUUUACCCUCUUGGAAUUUUUUUUCCUGCAGGCGAUUUUUUUUCCAAAGAAGAAGUUUAAUGAAAUUGAAAAUAAAAAAAGACUGAUUUUUAAUUUUUCUUCUCUGGAGGUUAAUUUUCCCGGGAAAUUUUGCCUCCUUUUCCGGCUCUCUCUCUCAGCUUCCAUGGAACUUUUCUCUGUGAUUGAAUGAUCCAGGAGGAAUUUAUAUAGCCGGUGGGUGGAGUCAAAAAAAGAAAGGAGGGAAGUUUCAUUGGAGGAUCUAAGAUUCAAGAGAGAGAGAGAGAAAAAUUCAAUAUUUUUUUCAUUAUUAUUUUUUAUUUUAAUUUUUAGUAAAUAUUUAGAUUUAUCGAGUUUGAAUGCAUAUUGAUCUAUGGAGUCAGAAGUAUUUUCACCUCCAAGAGAUUUGGUAAAAUGUCGUGAUUGCAGUUGUACUACUUGUUCUUUGAUUGGUGCUCCUUCGAGUGGUUGGUUUCGGUCUGUAAAACGAAAAUAUGAUGAGUUUGAGUCUGGAAAUGGGUUUUUUGUUCCGGGGUUUGAUCUUUAUUGCAAUGCCCGAGUCCAAAUUGAGAAUGAAUGUACUGCUUUGCGGGAGACAGUGAGCAGCCAACAAGCAACUAUACAGGACUUGUAUACAGAAUUGGAGGAAGAGAGAAAUGCCUCAUCAUCAGCUGCAACUGAGGCCAUGUCGAUGAUAUUGAAGUUGCAGAGAGAGAAGGCAGAGAUCCAAAUGGAUGCACGGCAAUUCAAGCGUUUUGCCGAGGAGAAAAUGACACAUGACCAGCAGGAGAUAAUGGUUUUGGAGGAUCUUUUGUAUAAAAGAGAGCAGGGUAUUCAAUCUCUUACUUGUGAAGUACGGGCUUACAAGCAUAGGAUGCUGAGUUAUGGGCUUACGGAGGCAGAGGCUGAAGGUGAGAAGGAUGGAGAGAUGCGGAAUCUGUGUGUGGCUGAGAACUUUGGUGCCCAAGUUGAUCUUCCUGCAUAUGAUUAUCCACCUCUAAAGUGCAAUUUGAAUGAGAAUCCUGGUGAUGAUGUUGAAGAUGUUGAGAAAUAUGCAUUUGGUGAGACUCCUCGUGCCCAAGAACAUUUGAGGAAUCUGGAACAGAGGAUCUGCCAAAUGGAGAGGAAUCCCAGCAGCAGUCAGCUGAGUCAGCUGGAUGGAGAUUUUCCUGGAACAAAGAAUGCUUUGGAGAAGGUGAUAGUUGGUCACUCUCCUAGGCGACCAAGACAUUCAAGGAGGCUUUCAACUGAUAGUUCAAAUUCGUUCCUGGUUAAGGAGAUGGGUUCAGAGUUUACCAAUGAUUCUCCUAGGUUUACCAUUUGUUCUCCCCGGUUUAAUGCUAUUUCUCCCAGGUUUAAUACUAGCUUCAAGAAGAUGGAGUUCGUUUCUGAAAUGGACGAGAUAUCUAGCUCAAGAAGAAUGGAUAAUCCUUCAGAAGUUGGAGAUGAUAUGAGUGACAGAAUUUAUACAAUUGAUUCUGUCCAUACUGGGGUGCCAUACAAUGGAACUGCGGAACCAAAAUCUGGAGUUGGAAUUUAUGAUGAUUAUGCAUCCACUCCAAGGGAGAUGUUCAAUCUACCUGAUGUUUGUGAUCCUGAUAUCAAGAAGCUCUACAUGAGGCUUCAGGCCCUUGAGGCUGACAGAGAAUCAAUGAGACAAGCAAUAAUAUCAAUGCGAACUGACAAAGCACAGUUAGUAUUAUUGAAAGAAAUAGCCCAACAUUUGUGCAAGGAAAUGUCACCAGAAAAACGAAUGACUGUGAGGAAGCCAUUUAUUCUUGGAAGCCUUCCGUUCAUGUCAGUCUUCAAGUGGAUUGUGUCCUUCGUAUUUUGGAGGCGGAAAGCUCGUCGAAGCAAGUACCUGUAUGGAUUGUCACCAAACAAUAUUGGCUUGCUAAUGCUUCUAGACAAGGGAUCUCGAUUGAGGCAGUGGAGAUGCCUUUCAAGCACACAAGUGUGAAAAUGAUUCGUUCACUUCUUCUAUCUCUAGAUGAAGUCUAUAAUAAUAACUGUGAAUGCUGAAUGGGUUUGAUCAAGCUAUCAUGUGUAUACUUUGCAUCAAUUUUCAUGGUUUCCUUUGUGCCAAAUUUGGUAUACUGUGCAGUGUUCUUUUAUUUUUCUUAUUUUCUGUAAUUGAAUACAUUUGACUGUUUGAUCAGCAAUACAUGGAUGCAUGUGAGCAUACUCGCUCAUAUAGUUUGUUGGAUUUCAGCUUGAGGUAUGUUUCUAUUGUCAAUCUCCUGUAUAUUUCAGACUCAUGUAUGAUUUUCAUUCAAGUAUGCAUUGUUUAUUCUUUUGUAAUACAAGCAAUGGUUAAGUUCCCAAGUAUUAUUGAUUCUAGUCUCAUCAAAAUUCUUGUUUCAAUCACUGCCUUUUUCCUUUGGCUAUGCCUAUACCAAGCAUCCUACAUAUCCUUUUUCACUUAGAAGGUGAAAAGAGGGGGAAAUCGAUUAUAGAAGAAAUAUC